UUCAGUCUGCCUUCUCGGACGUUGGAAGCGUUCACUCCCGGAGUGUCGGUAAGCCACGGAGCUGUCAGUCCCUGACAGCUGACACACUUCACACCUGAGCAGAGACACCUCUCAGGUAAACACUCAGAGGGACUGUGGGCGGACUCACCUGUACUAACGUUAAGUGACAGAGAAAAAAGAAGACUUCAGAGACGAUGAAGUCUGCGGAGGGUGAAACACACACACCACCUGAAGCCUCAUGAGUAUGAAAAGAUGAACGGUCUCCCUCUUGUUCUUUAUCUAACGUUGCUGCUUGACUCAGUGCUCGCCUCCCUUCCUGCUCCAGUCAAUGUUUCUAUCCACUCCAUCAACUUCCACCAUGUCCUGCGGUGGGACCCUGGACCCGGCACCCCGCCAGGAACACACUAUCAGGUCUUCAGCAGGGUGAGGAAGAGAAACUGGAAACAGCUGGCAGAGUCCACGACAACAUCAGCUCAGCUGGACCUGAAAAAAUACAGAGAGUCGUAUGUCCUGACUGUCCUGGCGGCCUACAACCAAACCCAGUCCGCAGUGGGCCCCAGAAUCGUCUUCACCCCUUACCAAGACACCGUAAUAGAUCCUCCAGCGCUCUCACUGACCGGAUGUGGCAACUGCAUCCAAAUCAGCAUCUCACUGCCAGAGGCCGACAGGAGCUCAGGAGUCGACGACAUCCAUAGCUUUUAUGGUGCUGAAUACCAAGUGCAGUGGAAGAAACGCUUUGAAAAAACAACGACGUCCUACCUCAGUACAAACAAGAGUUUCACUCUGACCAACUUACAGGAAGGCACAGAGUACUGCGUUCAGGUGGAAGCGAAGCUUUUACACAACAAAUGCACUAAGCCAUCGGCCUGGGUGUGCACUUUCACCAGCGUCGUGGAACCGAGCAGAGGCCCUGCUGUUGUAGGCGCAGUUGCUGCUCUUCUGAUUUUUGUUUUCGGUGCCCUGAUGACCUCCAUGUUCUGCCUCUAUUACACUGGAUUCAUCUGUAAACUGAAGGCAACUCUGCCCAGAGUGCUAGUGGUGGCUCUUGGUCAAGGUCUCACCCUGAGCCCAGAGAGGACGGUUCCUGACCGGAUCUCCGUCAGCCCAGACAUGGAGAAACAGAGGAGGCACAACAAUCCCGCAGCGCCGCAACCACCCACCGGGGGAGCUAACUCUGAGGAGGAGGAGGAUGAAGAUGAGGAGGACGAAGAAGGGAUAAACAUCUACAUGAACAGAGCCGCAGAGCUUUCCUCAGGUGAAAGUUCCUGCAGGAACCCUGGUGACAUGUCAGGGACGCCAGCUGCAUCAGGGGACUCUGGGAGAUUCACAGAGGAGGCGAGGGGGCCAGAGUUUGAGGGGGCUGAUGAAGAUGAGGCUGCAGCUGAAGGAGCGGAGGUUUCUUUCAGCCCUGAAAGGAGUCAAACUGGAAUUCAGACACAUGCCACAGGUGAGGUGGUGGAGGAGGAGGAGGUUUUUGACUGCUCAGGUAAUGUUAAUCUGUUCUCAGUCACCCUCUCAGCACUGGCUGCAUGCGAGGAAGAGGAGCAGAAUUCAAGAGACUUUUUGAAACUGUCUGAUCAGGAGCCUCUCCUGCACAGAGACUCACAAACUGCGUCAGAUGAUCAGACAGCUGAAGACUUCACCUCGACGUGGUAUGAAGGGAGACGAGCAGUCGCUUUGUCUGGCUGCCUCCGAACCUGUGAUGGUGGAACGCAGCAUGAGGAGGAGGAGGAGGAGGAAGAGGAUGAGGAUGAGGAGGAAUUUUCUGGAUACAUGAAACACACAUGAUAUGUUGCUCUGCCGUGUGACUGUAUGUGCCAGCUGACAUAUUUAAAUGUAGUGAAGAAGGUUGAGUUUGUUGGUUGGUGGUGUGUUUUCCAUUCUUGAGGAAAGGAAAAAACAAAUCAGUUCAUUUCUGCUGCAGCUACAGCACCUUUACAGCCACCUGCACUGUGACAGCAGAGGUGUAUCAUUGUCGAGUGACCAAAUCUGACAGUUCAGACAUGCAAGUCAAGAAAAGCUGCCGGUUGUCCUGGCUGACAGCAGCACAGCAGCUUUAUUAAAACAUGCAGCAUGCAUCACACAUUCUCGUUGUAAUGGGAGUCCAACAAAAUGGAAUCUUUCCCGUCUCAGCCAUCCGUCCCAUAGGAUGUGAAUGUGCACUUGCCCACGCGCCGAAAAGGGCACCAAAACACUUUUUAUGCAGUUGACAUUUGUUGGUGAACAUAUUGUAUUAAUGUUAGAACAAAAGAGUGAAGUAUGUGAAUUUUUUUGUGUACUAACUUCACAAACAAAGUAAAAUGUGAUCAGUAUGUAUUAAAUACUGCAUACAACAACAAUCGUAGUAGAAAAGACUCAUAACUGCACAGCCUCCCUCCUGGGGACAGGCUCCUCGCCUUCUGCGAGGUCAUGUGAUUUCCUAUCAGUGCUGCCUUCAAAUGCCGCCGGACAAAUUCCCAUUCCGAUUUAUUUUUAAAUUUCUUUGUAAUAUUUGUAAUAUUGUUGUAUCUCAAUCCAGCUUUGUUGGCCCUGCUUUUUAACUGUAUGUAUAUAUCUAUUUUACUAUAAUUUUUUGUGUGUAUAAGUACGUGGAGAGCAACCAUAGUCAAAUUCCCUGUAUGUGUACACACACAGUGCAAGUGAAGAUUAUUCAGAUUCUGAUUGUCUUUUGUUUUAUGUCUUGUUUUUAUUUUGUAUGUUACCAGUGUUAAAUUUAACUACAUUUGUUUACUUUUGUAUGUCAAACAGAUUUCUGAUGGCCUCGUGUUACUUUACAGCUAAAUCUUCCAAUAAAAGCAACCUGUAGC